UUCUCCUGUGUAGUGUUGGUGGAUGUGUUAUUUUGCUUUUACGCAGCACUGUAGUGGGUCCUGUUUUGGCCCGGUUUGGUUUUGCGCCUAGUGUUUUGGUGUGACCUUAUUUCAGUCCUGCAUUAAACUGCGUUCGUCCUACCCUCUGCUCUUUGCGCCUGAUUCCUGCACCCACGCGUUACAAUGUUGAUAGUCAAUGAUUCAUGUUUUGGGUAGGGCUACUAAAGGAGACAAUAUAAAAGCUACACUGAACUUCAACUGCAUUGUCAAAUGAAGGUUCAAGACUCAUGAGAAGUUUCAGACAGUGGUUUCAUGAUGGGAGAUGCUGAGGACAUUGCUGUUGUUGGCAUUGGCUGUAAUUUCCCAGGAGGAGAGGGGCUUGACAAUUUCUGGAAGGUUCUGUUGGAGGGGAAGAACUGUGCUUUACAGAUUCCUGAUGAAAGGUUUGACUCUUCCUACUGGUAUGACCCCAAUGAUGACAAAGUUGGAAAAUCGCGCACAGAUAAGGCUGCACUCAUGGAUGGGUUUAAUGAGUUUGAUCACAAGUUCUUUGGCAUCACUGAAACUGAAGUGGAACAAAUGGACCCCCAGCAGAAACUCCUUCUUCAGUGUGCAUACAGGGCUCUGGAGAAUGCUGGGAUGCCAAUGGAGAAGGCCAGUGGGACCAAGACAGGAGUGUUUAUAGGUCUUAUGAACAGAGAUUAUGAACAAUCUGCUGCAUUUAUGAACCCAAAUGUAAUCAACCACUGCACCGGCACCGGACUUUCUAUGAGUAUAGCAGCCAACAGAGUCUCAUACGUCUUCAACUUCACUGGACCCUCACUCUCCAUUGACUGUGCCUGCUCUUCAUCCCUUGUUGCUCUUCAUUUAGCUUGUCAAGCCAUAAGACAAGGUGACUGCGAGAUGGCUCUUUGUGGUGGCGUCAAUUGUAUCAUACAGCCACUAGUCUUUGUCGCUCUCAGCAAAGCAAAGAUGAUUUCACCUGAAGGCACCAGCAAACCUUUCUCCAGCAGAGCAGAUGGCUAUGGCAGAGGAGAAGGCUGUGGGAUUAUUCUUCUGAAGCCACUAAAAAAAGCUCUCAAGGAGAAUGACCAUGUAUGGGGCAUCAUAAGCAACACUGCUGUAAACCAAGACGGCCACACAGUCACUCCAAUCACCAAGCCAUCCAUGGUCCAGCAAGAGGAGCUGCUGCGAGGAAUCUAUUCAGAGUCUGACCUGUUAUCGGUCCAGUACAUAGAGGCUCAUGGGACUGGAACUCCAGUGGGGGAUCCCAUAGAAGCAGGCAGCAUCUCCAAAGUCAUUGCCAAAGCCAGACCUCCAGGUUCAGAGAUACUCCGCAUCGGCUCUGUGAAAGGCAACAUUGGACACACUGAAUCUGCAGCUGGAGUGGCAGGGCUAAUCAAGGUACUCCUAAUGAUGAAACAUGAAACCAUUGUCCCUUCACUGUUCUACUCUGAGGACAGUGCCAGUAUAGAUGCUAAAGCUUUAAAUGUAAAGAUCCCUACUAAAGCAGAAAAGUGGAGAGAUUCUAUUGCAAGGGUUGCAGGAAUAAACAAUUUUGGUUUUGGAGGAACAAAUGCACAUGCGAUUGUCAAACAACACAAGCAGUCAAAUGUUCCUCAAAAAAGUGGUAGGAAAUCACACAAUUGUUUUGUCCUCUCUGCCAGUUCUGAAAAGUCGAUGAGUAUGAUGAUGGAGGACACAAUUCAACAGAUAGACACAGACAACAAAGGUGAUCUAGAAGCUCUUGCAUACACAUCUGCUUGUAGAAGAAGCCACUUGAAACAUCGAUAUCGGAGGGCAUUCAGAACUCUCUCUCUGGCUGAUCUAAAAGACCAACUCAAGUCUGCCAUGAACAAGGUAACAACACCAUCUUACUCAGAUCCCAGGCUAGUAUUUGUCUUCUGUGGGAACGGUGUAACCUAUCAAGGCAUGUGCCAGCAGCUCCUGAAACAUGAGCCUGUGUUCAGAGAGAAGAUCAGCCAAAUUGAGAUGCUUUUCCAAAAGUUCAAUAACAUGAGUAUCAUAGAGAGACUUGAGAGUGAUUCAGAGAGUAAGGAUCUUUCAAAACCAGAUGUUGUCCAGCCCCUACUCUUUGCCAUUCAGGUUGGCAUAGCCAGUCUCUUCAAGCACUGGGGCAUCAAACCUGAUGCCAUUCUUGGCCACUCUGUAGGAGAGGUUGCUGCUGCCCACUGCUCUGGGCUGUUGUCCCUUGAGGAUGCAGUGAAGGUGAUCUACUUCCGCAGUACUCUGCAGAAUAAGGUCACAGGAGGGAAAAUGCUUGUGGUCAGUAACAUGGUCGUGUCAGAGGUCUUGAACCUCCUUCCCUCCUACUCAGAUAAGAUUUCCUUGGCUGCCUUCAACAGCCCACAGUCCUGCACCCUCUCAGGUUAUGCAGAGGCUAUUGACAGUCUCCAUCAAAAGCUGAGCAGCUCCGUCAAGAAGAAGAAUCUGUUCCUCCGUGUUCUGGAUGUCCCUGCUGCAUACCACAGCCAGAUGAUGGAUCCCAUCCUGUCUCAACUAGAGGACAGUAUUGGCUCUUUACAAGUCAAUGAUGUUGAGACAGAAUUGUUCUCCACAGUGACAGGAAGGGAGGUAGAGCAGCCAGACUUCAGCACAGGCAAAUACUGGGCCAGGAACAUACGAGAGCCAGUUUCAUUUGAACAGGCAGUGAGAUCAGCAGCCAAAGUGAAAAAGAAUGUAGUCUUUGUGGAGAUUGGCCCUAGAAGGGCUCUACAAAGAAACAUCCAGGAGACGCUGGGAAAUGACACCAUAGUUCUGUCCUCAGUGCAGCCAGAUAAAGAUCAUGAGACAAUGCUGAAUACUGUGUCCAAACUGUUUGAGUUGGGGGUUCAGGUAGACUGGGAUCAGUUCUACAGAGGCCGUGAGGCUUCACCAACACCUUUCCCAAGGUAUCAGUUUGAUUCUACUCGGAGAGAUGUUAUCAUUGCUGCGUCAAAGGUACAUCAUACAUCAGGUAAUCAUCCUGUGCUAACUCCUACAGCUAGCGAUAGCAAUACCUUCAGUUGUGAUCUGUCUUCUGAUUCAGUAUCCUACCUGCAUGAGCAUAAACACAACGGUGUUGCCAUAAUCCCUGGUGCCUUCUAUACUGAGUUGGGUUUGGCUGCCUUCAUGGCCAGUGCCAAACCAAAAGUUCCACUCAACACACUGCAACUCAGUGUCAGUUUUCAGAGUCCCUAUGUUUUCACACAGAAUGCACCAGAGAUUAAAGUGCAACUUGAACCAGCAGUGGAUGAGACCCAUUUUAAGAUAUAUUCUCCCUCCACAAACCAUGCAUCAGGCACAAUAACAUCCAAGCGAGGACAGCUAGCUGAAGAGCAGAACAUUUCGCUAAGCUCUAUCUACAAAAGAUGCAAUUCAGUGUUGAGUUCUGAAAAGUUCUACACUAAAAUUGCUCUGGGUGGGUUUCAGUAUGGCACUGUUUUCCAGAACAAGGGGGAUGUACACUAUGGUGAAGAGUUUAAGGAGGCUUUUUCAGUUGUCACAGUUCCAGAAGAAUUGCUGUCUCAGUUGCAUGAAUACUGCAUUCACCCUGUAGUGUUAGACUUCCUGAUGCAACUUGCUCCUGUUACAGUAGCAUAUAGAUCCUCUUCAAGGCCCGGGUUUCCUGUCAAAAUAGGCAGCUUGACAGUGUUUGAACCCCUGCAAGAGGAAAUGAUUGUGUAUCUGAAAGCAAUUGAUGAAGGCUAUGAUCACUUUGAGGUAUGUGGUUGCUUUACAGACAAAGUGGGAAGAGUUUUGGUUGAGCUUAAGCAUGUGAUGAUCACGUAUCUUGGGAGCCGCUCUCAUGUUGUGGAAGAAUACUUCUUCCACAAUGACUUCAAUGUUGUCUGUGAGGAUAUCAAUUCCUCUAAUGCCAGUGAGGCACCAAAGGCCUUGGUCUUUUCUGACCAGGUAGGCCUUCCAAAAGCCAUGCAACCACACUUAAGUUCACAGUCUAGAUACAUCUCCUUCACACAAUCUAAGGAGGUCUUGAGCCAUGGAUUUCCUACACUCCUGGCAAACCUUAAUAUCACAGAUCUCAACAAACACUUCCAGGAGGUCUUAUUUGUGUGGGGUCAGGAAGAUGUUACUUCACUGAAAACUGAGUAUGUUCUGGAGAAUAUGGUAAGCUGCUGUGAGAUGUUCAGGAAAAUUGUCCUGGCACUGAGGGCCAUGCAAUUUGCAAAUUCCAUCAGAGUAAUAACCUACCGGUCAGCAGAGAACACAGUGGACCACAUCAGCGCAGGCUUUGUCCUGUCAGGCAUGACUAGAUCGUGUGCUGCAGAAAUGGAUAACCUUUCCUUCCAGCUGAUUGACAUCAACUCUGUCUCUACAGAGGACAUGAGAGCUCUGUCUCAGGUCUUAAAGUCAUACCCUUGCAAAAGAUACCCAGAGUUGGUUGUGAAAGGUGGGCUGAUUUGGAAACCUGAUAUUGUACAUACUCCCAUUGGCAGCAUUGAGAGCACUGAGGGAAGGAUUUUCUCUUCAAUGUCUGAGCCAUGCAUCUUUCAGACAAAUGACCCCUGCAGAAUAACUAGCUUGUCUGCUAUUCCCUGUGAUGUUGAUGAUACAAACAUCCAUGAGCAAUCAGUCAAGAUUCAGCUCAGUAAGAUAUGUGUUCAUUCCUCAGACUACUAUCCUGUCAGUGUCUCUGAUCUGAACUAUGGUCAGACAAUAUACUGGAAGAAUCACACAUCUCAGAAGCACCAGCUUCUUGCACUUGACUUCAGUGGUACUGUCACAGCUGUAGGGAAAGAUGUGAACACACUGAAAGUGGGAGACCAUAUAGUAUCAUGUUAUCCCAUUGCUGCAUCUUCUAAGAUUGUGAUUCCUGAAGCAGCAUGCUACAAGACAAAGAGGCUCACAUUUCUGAAAGAGGCUCCUUGUGUGUCCUACUUUGUUCUGGCAUGGGAAAUACUGCACAGACUGUUACCUAGAGUCAAACAUAGAAGGUUGAGCAUCAUCUCCUCUGUUCCUGACUCUAGUCUGCUGAAGGUCCUAAUCCAAACAGCAAACAAAUCAGGAUGGAAUGCCAUUGUAGGGACACCGUGCAAUGGGAUGUUUGUUGAUGCAAUUCUCCUCCUUCCACCAUUUGAUAAAUCUCUGUUGGCAGAAGCCAGCAAUUGUCCUGAUGUCAGACAUGUUGUCAUUGUCUGUGAAUCCCAGUCCCAAUGCUUGCUUGAACAGAGUGUUUUCCAGAAUGUUAAGGAUAGUGUUCACAUACAGACUCUUCAGAUGUCCAGCAUCUUACAAAGGGGAUCACUCAUUGCCAAGAGGCCACACAUUUAUCGUUUGCUCAAAUCCACGCAAUUGGACAGGAUAUCAUUUUCUCUAGAGACCUCUACAUUUCAGAAAAUGUCAUCCGGUAGCAUUGACUUCCUGUCUGUUGAGGAAUCUGAGUCGUACUUCAGCUCAAAGACCCUGUCUGGUGUGGUACUGAGUAAAGAUGAUUCCAAAGGCACACUGUCCAACAUUCAGUUGCUGCCUAAACCAACCUCUCUUUUCCAGAAGAAGUCUGUGUACAUUGUCACAGGUGGUCUCUCUGGGCUGGGGUUUGAAACAGUGAAGUUCCUUUCCCAGAAAGGUGGAGAGUACAUCGUCAUACUCUCCAGAAGUAGCCCCACACCAGACAUACAGCAGGAGAUAGUCCUUCUGGAGAGACAAUGGACUGUCCAGAUUGUAUGGAUGGGAUGUGAUGUCUCUGUUUCUGAGCAUGUGCUCAGAGUGAUUGGUCUCAUUGGUCAGAAGUUUCCCUCUUGUCCAAUCAAAGGGGUGUUUCACAGUGCAGUCGUCCUGCAUGAUGGGUUGAUUGAAACCCUUGACAAAUCCCACUUCGAGAAAGUCCUAAAGCCCAAGGUGAAUGGAGCGCUGAAUCUGCACCACGCCACAAAACACUGUAAGUUAGACUACUUUGUGUGCUACUCUUCCAUCUCUUCUUUCCUUGGCAAUGCCUCACAAACAAACUAUGCAGCAGCCAAUUCAUUCCUGGACUACUUCUGUCACUAUAGACGGAAUAUUGGACUAUCUGGGCAAUCCAUCAACUGGGGAGCUUUGAACCUUGGUCUCCUGCUUAACAAGGAUCAUUUACACAGGUUUCUGGAGAGAAGGGGAUUGAUGGUGAUGGAUGUUACAGAGAUUCAUGAGAGUUUGGAACAAUGCCUCUUGCUAAACAAACCCCAACAGGUUGUAUGUAGGUUUCACGUCAAGAACAUGAUGAGCAAUGUCCUCUCUCAAAAUGCAUCAUUGACCAUGCGUAUGACUGCAUUAGUGGAUGAGGCAGUGCAAAAACUCAAAUUCCAAAAGUCACAGUCUGAACAUACUUCUGUGCCAUCCUCCCCAAGUGAAUACAUCAGGUCUGUACUCAGUCAAACAAUUGGUGUUGACAAGAAUGAGUUAGAUUACGAUUCUCCUCUCUCUGCCUUAGGCAUUGACUCAAUGCUAGCCAUGACCCUGCAGAACCUCAUCUUUCAGGAUAGGGGUGUGAAUGUGCCUCUGGUUACAUUGCUGGACCCCAAUGGGACACUGUCUACAUUGGUAUCAAUGUUGAUGGAGAGUACUGAGGGUGAAUCUCAGAAUGAUGAUCAGAAAGAGGACAUGACCGAUGACAUGUUCACAAGACUAUAGAGAUUUUAAUUUAACAUUUAUAGUUAGAGGUGGCCGGUAGAGACAUAUCCUGAACCUAGAGAGUAUGCCUUCCAAGUCUGGGUGUAUUCCCACCUGUAGCAGUGACUGCCCAGGUAUGUUUAUAGUCAGUAAUCCCACAGGUAAAGAAAGAUGUUUUGGACCAAAGACUCCAUACUAUUUCUCCCUGAUGUUUAGAAGAUCCAAGCAACUAUAUUUGUGUAAAUAUAUUUCUGUAAUAAUGAUGUUUUAACACUUUUUAAUAUGUUUAUCUGUUAGGAUAUUACUUUAUUCUUAUAUUAAUCUUAAAAACACGUACUAAUCUGUAAUGAAUUUCUUCUGUAAAAUUUUAAAUAAAAUGAUUUCAAAUGAA